GCGCUGCCAGUGAUUCACAGAAGAAAAACACCAAAUACCUCUAAUGAAAUAUCAACAAUGCUCUCAGUUACCUGGUUAAAUGCUCUACCUGUACUCGUCCUCGCGCUGUUUUCUACAGAAGAGGCCGCGUGCAGUGCCGUGUUUCAGCCCUCGUUUCUCGUCACAUCUGGGCCGAGAGCCUCCGCCUUUCUGGUUGGAAACGUGUCGGAUAUCUAUUUGACCAUCAGCAGUGUCACACCCUCCAACACAACAGGACGCCUGCCUCCUCCGUCCUGCAGGCCCUCUGCUCCCAGUCAGUGGAAUGUGUCACAAGAGCUGAUGGGAAAGAGUGCUCUGCUGGUGCGGUUGAGCCUGAACCGGAGUCUGCAGCUGUGUGUGAAUGAGACGGAGUGCUGUGCCAGGCCGCUGUGUGUGGCAGAGACUGUGCGGGUAUCGGCUUGUCGUGGUGAAGAUCCUCUGGCUUCACUCAUCGUUCAGGCUCAGAUCUAUGCUCUGCUACCCCCUGCUGGCCCUGUGUCAGAAAAUAAGACCGUUAUCCCUAAUCAAGUGUUCCAGCCCCUGGGACGCUGCCCAUGUGAUCUGACCCCAGGAGAAUGUGAUGUGCGAUGCUGCUGUGACCAGGACUGUACUCCAGAACUGCUGUGGCUUUUUACUGGUCACUGUCUCCCUGGUCCAUUUGGAGGGAGCGUCACUCCGGCUCCUGAAUAUGACUGCUCCUCCCAGUCUGCUGAGAAUGCUCCUGAUUGGUUCCCUUUCCUCUGUGUUAACUCCCCCACUGAAAACAGUCCAUUCUUAGGGCUUUUCUACCACGGCCAGACCAUUACCCCCAAGGCUGCUCCAUCUUUCCAAGCUCAGCAGGCAGCAGCUCCUGUACCUCCAACAAACUACCGCCAGGGGGACCCAAUUUUUACCACAGAUAACCAGUACUUUACCAUCCCACAGGUGUCUAUGGUGGGUCAGUGUGUGGAGAAUGCUCCGGUAGCGUUCCUGCAGGAUUUUGAGUCUGUGUGUACGAGGACUCUGCAGGACUGUCCUGCUGCACCAGCGGAUCUGGCAGUGUCAGUGAGAGACGGGCUGGGAGGAGUGGUCACAGUCAGUGUUGUGGAUGAAGCAACAUCAGAUAUCACCUCAUUUGUGUCCAGUCCUGCUAAAGUUCCAUCAGUGGGUUCUGUACAGGUGUCUGAGGGACGGCUUUGUGUAAAUGUGGUGCUUGCUCUGAGUUACGCCAUUUACUGGAAAGAGAACGGCCUUACUGGGAUCAGUGUGACCCGCCAUACUGGAAACAUCACACUUAAUCCAGCAGUGACUCUGAGCACCCGAUAUUCUGCAGUGUUUGUAAAUGGAAAUGUAACAUCUCAGCCCAACUCUGGCAACCCAGGUUAUCUAGAGGGAAGGCCUGUGAUUGGUGGGAUUUUGGACUCUACCACUGGAGUCAUAGAGAGAGCUUCAUUUAGCCUCUGGCAAGCAGUGGGAGAUGGGCUUUGCUCCUCAGCAGGCCUGAGACCAGUUCUAUAUGGGUUAAACUCCACAUCUGGGUGUCUGAUACCUGUCAGACUGCUCAAUCUCACCCAGUGCAGCCAGCUCAGAGAAACUGUGCGUUCUGUUUUGUCUGGGUUGGUACCCGCUACACUGGUGUCCUGGUCAGGAAAGCCUGAUUUCUUCUCGCUGUCCAACUGGACCCAAAUCACCACUGUAGUGCAGAACUCCAGUCUGCAGCCUGCAGGGGGCUUCGCAGGAGUGUGUUCUGGGAUUCCAGCCCAUCUGCACAUCCACAUCAGGAGCUUUUCCUUCGGGACAGUGGGAGGUGUGCCACAGAAGAUGAUCCAAGCAGUGGAGUUGAGUUUUAAAGAAAGCACAUGGACUUUGGAGUGUGGAGCAACCAAUGGCAACCCCUGUGUGACUUCAGACCUGACCCAGUCUUUCCCUGUGAUGUCAUCAGUGACCUUUACUGACAUACCCAUCAGUACACAACCACCUAAGCCCAGGUUCCGCAUUAACUUCACUGAUUUCGACUGUGAGAGGAACGAUGUGUGCUGGCCUGAACUCGCCUUCCCUCUGACGCCCUACUACACUGGUGAGCCGUACUCUCAGGCUCUGGCUAAAGGACUGAUCCUCGUCUUCUUCUUCAUCAUGGCUUCUGUGUUAGGAAGACCGUGGAGGCAGAUCAGACAGGCGUGGAGUAACACCUCACUCUGAUGAGGGUGGGAGUGUGUGAGACACAGAUAAGGCUCGGGUGAGAAUAUGCUGUAACUGUCUCUGGGAAAAUAGGUCAGUUAGUUUAUGGUGUGAAAGAAUAUUAAAAAAAGAAUGAAAAGAGAUAGAAAAUAAUCUGCUUCUUGAUGGAGCUGAUAAGGUGCAGACAUGCUGUAACUGUGUUACUACAGAAAUGGAGGUUUUCUCAUCUAUUGUAAAUUUCUAUUUUGAUAACCUUGUCAAAGUUUUAUCAAGAGAUGUGUGGUAAGGAUUGUGUAUAUAUGUAUAUAUUAUUUAUUUUGUUUGUUUAUGUUUACUAAUACACUGGUUAAUAAACUGUAAAUAAAA